AAAGAAACCUUCCUUAAGCAAAGAUGAGAAUGUUGUUUUAUCAUAGGUUUUUAAUAGAAAUCCUCUUCUGAAAUUGUUUAGGUCUUCGUGGAACCGCAGAUGUUACUUGGACAUUAGUUGGACAUUACUUGGAUAUUACUUGGACAUUAAUUGGAUAUUACUUGGACAUUAGUUGGACAUUAGUUGGACAUUGCUGUUGUUGAGAACACACUACACAUACACAAACUAUUUUAGGAUGUUAAUCAGGUCGCAAAGUGAAGGGAGACAUCACAAUCGUACGCCGACAUUUAUCCGGCUGUGUAGCUUGGGCCAUUUCAAAACUAUUUAAAUGUGGCAAUUUUGAAGCUUUAGGAGUGACGUCACUUACUGACAUGACCAGGAGUCAGGUCUUCACUUGUUUUGAUUCUGUUCGAAAUGUAAAAAGAAGUUGUAUAAAAACAAUUAUUCUAAGAAAGUUGUACCUUAAUGUGGUGGUGAUGGCUGAAGCAUAGAGACCGUGUCAGUUUGAGCGUAAGUAUCAAGCACUUCAAUUUUUUUUUUUAAAUAUGUAAGAUAUUCAAGCCAUAACAGAAAAUGUUGCAGUCGUUGAUAAGCUCCCUCAAAUUUAUCGGCUAAAUUUUUUCUUGUAGAAAUCGCGUGAUAGGUUGUUUAAAAUAAGAAGAAGAAGUUCAUUUUUGCUUACCUCUAAAUAUUCAGUACCGAAAUUUAUGUUAAACCUAACCAAUCAGCGCCAACAUUUAGGUUAACCCUUAUCCAAUCAGCGCCAACAUUUAGGUUAACCCUUAUCCAAUCAGCGCCAGCAUUUAGGUUAACCCUUAUCCAAUCAGCGCCCACAUUUAGGUUAACACCUAACCAAUCAGCGCCAACAUUUAGGUUAACCUCUAACAAAUCAGCCCCGGCAUGCAUUUAUUUUAGAAAGAACAAAAACUAAAAUUAAAAUUCCCCAUAUUAAUUGUCUGGCUCCGAGAUGAAGUUUUCAGGUGCAUGUGGUAAAAUGGACCCUGCCCAAGUUGUCGCAGCUGUAACAUGGACACCCCCAAUAUCUGUAGAAUUGACAUAGAGAUGUCAGGGUUAUGAAACAACUUGUGUCAAUGAGAGACUCAGCUUAAUUAAUGGCACAAAACCAUUUCUUCACAUCUUAUCCCACUUAAUAUCAAGUAGCCAAUGUUAUAAAACCAAGUACCAUGUGCUAUGACACUAAAUAUCAUGUAUCAUAACACUGCUUACCAUGUAUUAUAAUGCUAAUUACCAUGUAUUUCAUCACUAAUUAUUAUCAUUAUUAUUAUUAAAGUGGUCUUAUAUAGCGUGGUACUCCAGCCUAGGACUAGGCUCACCUAUAUAGCGUGCUACCCCAGCCAAGGGCUAGGCUCACCUAUAUAGCGUGGUACUCCAGCCUAGGGCUAGGCUCACCUAUAUAGCGUGCUACCCCAGCCUAGGGCUAGGCUCACCUAUAUAGCGUGCUACCCCAGCCUAGGGCUAGGCUCACCACGCUUCACACAAAAAUUUGCACACAGAAAAAAAAGAGGACAUUAAAAAACAGUCACAUAAAAUUAUUCAUUCAAAAACAGCUAUGUAAAAAUAUUGACCUCACUCACCUAAGUUAAGCCUAAGUACUGUCUAUCCCUGUCUAGCCAUGGACGGCACCCAGCAGCGUCGAGCGUUGUUCAUCGGCCAGAGGGGGUGUGAAUGAGUCUGAAUAGUAGAGUUUCAAGAGAUGGGUCUUGAGGACAGUUUUCAGGGCUUGGGUGGUCGAUAUAUUGUGAUUGUGUAAUGGAAAAGAAUUCAAUUGUUUGGGGGAGCAAAAAAAAGGAAAAAAUCAUUCACCAUUUGUUUUAGUGCGUGGUUUCCUGGGAACAGAAAGAAUACGCGUGUCUGCGGAGUAACGAAGCUGUCGAAGGGGUGAAGAGACAUCAAGAAGUUCAGUAUUACAGGAAGAGCAGGAACCAGAGAAAAAGUUGUGACAGAGAACAGACAUCUUGUAAUCAAUGCGUGCCUGUAUAGGGAGCCAAUGAAGUGAGUUUAGUAGUAGAGUGAUGUGAUAACGUUUCUUUGCCUUUCGAACCAACUUAGCCGAUGAGUUUUGUACUUUCUGCAGUUUUUCUAUGAAAUUUUUUGGUGAACCUGAACGGAGAGAGCCACAAUAGUCAAGACGAGAGAGAACAAGAGCACAGACUGGUGUUUUUGUUGCGCUAACUGUGAGGUAGUGGCGGCUGGAGCUGAUCUGAUGGAUAGCGUCGUACGCAGAGCGACAGAUGUGAGAGACAGGAUUGUCCAGAGACAUGUUGUCAGAAAGAGUGUAACCAAGAUUCCUAGCAGAGGAUGUGAACUGUAUGUCGGAGCUAUACCUACUUCAAACGGGGUGGUGAGAGCCAAGCUAGAGGAUGAUUGAUGAUUGUGAAUGAGGAGUGCUUCCGUUUUGUUAGCGUUCAGCUUCAACUUGCUGAGAGUCAUCCAUGACGUGACAUGGCCAAUCCACUCCUGCACAGCUUCAACUUGCUGAGAGUCAUCCAUGACGUCACAUGGCCAAUCCACUCCUGCACAGCUUCAACGUGAUGAGAGUCAUCCAUGACGUGACAUGACCAAUGCUCACCUGCAAGGUGUGAAUAGCGGAGUUGACAAGAGAGAGAUGGAUGUGCUUGUAUUGCUGCAUGUCAUCUGUGUAUGACUGGCUCUCCACAGCAUUCCUCCCGACCAGGAAGAGACGUGGCCUGAUUGACAUUGUGAAUAGCAUGGGACCCAAAACGGACCCUUGUAGCACUCCGUAUACAUGUUUAUAACACAAAUUACCAUGUUCAUAACAUUUAUUACCAUUUACUAUAAAUCUCAUCAUGUUUUAUCACACUAAUUCCCAUAUAUAUUAUAACACUAAAUAUCUUAUUAUAACUUACCAUGUAUAAUAACACUAAUUGCCAUGUAUUAUAACACAAAUUAACAUUUAUCUUUACACAUGACUGUAAGCACCAAAUAAAUAUAUAUAUAUAUUUCUCUUUUCAGAUUUUAAUCAUUCGCCAACAUUUCCAUUUUCAUUUGAAUGUUCACCUAACGUGAUCAACAACAGGUGAAGAUAAGCCGUGCUCACACAUUUCCUUUAAGAAGAUCCUGGAAAAAAUGACCAUGCCGAGAAUCCCUGACGACGUUCAAGUGAUUGCCGCGAUACUGUGUGUCGUCACAAUUCUCCUCGCCAAUGGCGCGCUCACCUACAAGAACGUACGCUCGUGUGACUUCUGGACGGAACCCAAACGCCUGACCAUCCUCUCCAUGGCGCUGGCAGACGUGGUGUUCGCCCUCUUCGCCCUGAACGUUCUCUAUCUAUCACCGCUUUUGAGCGCUGCGGCGUCCUGCAGCGUCACGUCACUGGCCUACAUCUACUGCCUUCUUCUGAACUGCGUCUGCGGUCUUGGCGUGCUCUCGCUGGGGUUCGAACUGUGGCACCGUCGCAAGACGGGAAAAUCUUCGUUCAGAAUCAGGUGUCUGACCUCUUUUAUUUUGAGCUGUUUCCCUUGGGUCCUCGGGCUCAGCAUCGUGCUGCCCUUGUGUCUCGGGAGUGUGGCGCUCGGCCACUGUGAGUUCAGGAAAUCCCUGGAGAAGUCCAGCAGGACUCAAAUCGCGGCGGCCCUCAUCCUGCCGGCCUGCGCCGCCGUCUUGGUUUGUGUUGUGGUUCAAAGGGGUUCGAUCCGACCGGCGUCUGUCGACCAACACUGGGACAACACGUCGCAGGUUUUGACCAUGUCAAGAAAGGAGACGAGUUGUUUCCAGACCCAUCCCGACAGUGAGCGAUCCGUGUACUCAAGUCUGCCGAAACUGCAGCCGUUAUCUGAAAACGAUAUGACCAAUCAAAAUGAACGGCUUGACGGUCUCAAUCCUACCACCGGUCACAUUUCGAUGAGGCAGAAUCUGACAAACAUGACUCCCGUCGUUGCCCGACGCAAUCUCAACUGUCACAAUCAACACGUUGAGGCCAACGAAAAAAACGAGCUGCCUUCGAAGAGACACAAUCAUGCGAGCAGCAUCAGUCAACAGAUUCAAUCAAUGGCACCAAGGCCCAGUACUCAGUCACGGCUCUCAACGUUUAGUAUGAUUCAACAUUCAAGUUUCAACGACAUUCAUCAUUCAACAUUCAACACUAUUCAACAACCUACAAUAAAUUACAAUGUCGCAUCGGCACUAAUAAAUGACCUUCAAUCACAGAUUUAUGACCAUCCCCAACCUACCCUAAGCAACGAACUACAACUUAUUUAUAGCAAUCCCAACCCUAGUGAAGACAAAAGAACUCUUAUUUAUAGCAAUCCCAACCCUAAUGAAGACAACAGAACUCUUAUUUACAGCAAUACCAACCCUAGUGAAGACAACAGAACCCUUAUUUAUAGAAAUCCCAACCCUAAUGAAGACAACAGAACUCUUAUUUAUAGAAAUCCCAACCCCAAUGAAGACAACAGAACUCUUAUUUAUAGCAAUCCCAACCCUAGUGAAGACAACAGAACUCUUAUUUAUAGCAAUCCCAACCCUAGUGAAGACAACAGAACUCUUAUUUAUAGCAAUCCCAACCCUAGUGAAGACAACAGAACUCUUAUUUAUAGCAAUCCAAACCCUAAUGAAGACAACAGAACUCUUAUUUAUAGCAA